UCAUUGACUUGGCGUAGAACUUAGAGGAUGGUACGCCAAAUGGAUGACUCUACACUCCAGAAUGGAGUUUUUGCUUCAAGACAACACUGUGAUCAAGAGUAGCUGAUUUUUGGAAAAAAUAAUUUUUAACCCUUCUUUCUGUUUGCUAGGAAAGCUGAAGAUGUGUUGAUGCAUCACGCUUUUGUUGGAAAUUUUGCUAGAAUUUUGGAAGAAGAAAUUUGAUCAUGAUUUUCCGAUAGUAAAGUGUAUGACGUGGCCGUUCUUUCUCUUUUGCCAUGUAGUUCUCAUCUCACACAAGGGCUGAAGCAUUUUUUCAUUUCUUCUUUGUUUUUUCUACUGGAACUUGGCUAAAAUUUGGUCGCCGUUGCUGACAUCUUGGACAGAGAAAUAUGUCGCACCGGACGUACUAGAGCAGCAUGCGGCUGCCUCUAGGAAGUGUACUGGAAGAGUGUGUUUACCCGAGAUAGCGAUCACCCUCACUUUGGAAUUCCACAUUCCUGUUUAACCUGUGCAGCUUGGAAUAAGUGUUUUUUCUAAGAAAUAUAUAUAUAUUUUAUGUUUUUUAUUCGCAUGUGUGUGUGUCCGAAAACGGGAGACGACGUAUAUUUUUGGCGAUGAGUAGUGUCAAAGCACUAUCAGUAGGACAUAUAUCUACUCCUAUGUAUAUGGUCAUGGAGAGUUCUCAUGCUUUUAAAAAGAGUGUCCAUUGGCCUCCACAUGACGGCAAUGCCCAGUACAAGAGGCCGCCUCACCAGUCCCUUCCCCAUGGGGCUGGUGGGGGGCACCACAGUCCACCCCUAACGGGCACAAGGGGUUAUCCGUAUCCGCAAGACCCCUCGUCUCGUUGCCCCACCUCAUCUACCUCCUACGUCACUUCCGCUUCCUCCCCCCACUUGGUGCAUCCGGGUGGGGGUGGGGCCAUCUAUGCAUCUGCCAAUCAUAUGUACAGAGAUAGCCAUUUCCAGGUUGAUGCACGGGCACCUACGGAACCUCCUCAUCACAUAGACAGGUAUGGAGAUCACAAUGUACAGCAUGUUAGGCGGCGCCUGUCUUUGAGGCCAGCCCCCACACCAGAAUACUCAGUAGCAUUAGAACGGGAAAGGUAUAUGGAUGCCUUUCGCUAUCAGUAUGAGAGAGAAGUUGCUCUUGGUGUUUCGUACUCAUCUAAUGCCAUUACGGCAAGAACAUUAAAGCCACCUGUUGUAAGUGUGCAUACACCAUCAGAAAUGGACAAUGCACAGCCAAUGAAGCGACCUCGGCUAGCCGUGGAACCUAAAGCUCCCGUCCACCAACCUCUUACAAUAGAUACAAGAAAUGUUGUGAUCAAAAAAGAACCUGCCUAUACACCACAAGUGGAAGCCAUUUCCCCCACUUUACCAUCAGAAGAAGGGAGAUGUGAAUCUCCUGUAAGAACUGUGAAGGAUAGUAUGAAGGACAAUAUUCUAAGUACCAUAAACAGAAUUGAUAAGGAAAUAAAUCAAAUUGAGUCUCAGAUUACCAAACUCCAGAAGAAAAAGCUUGAGUUGGAAGCUGAAGCUAGCAAACCAUCUAUAACAAAGGAAGCUGUUAAAGAUGUUUUCCCAAUUGAAUCAAAACAAAUGAGUAUAGCACAAAUGAUAUAUUCUGAAAAUAAGACAAAAGCUCAAGAGUCUCAUGCAAUUCUAGAAAAAAUAGGACCUAAAGUUGAAAUUCCCAUGUAUAAUCAACCAUGUGAUACUGCUGUAUAUUUUGAAAACAAAAGAAAAUUCCUUGCAUUUAGGAGUAAGUUAGUCAAAUGGUUUCAGAAGCGUCAUCGAGAAAGAGAAUUAAGAGAAAAGCAUCUUACCGAAACUUACAGCAAACUUAUGCAAGAGUGGCUGAAGAAGAUGGAAAAGAAAGAGAACAAUGCUGCUAAAAAAGCAAAAGAUGCAAAACUGAGAGAAUUUUUUGAAAAGCAAUUUCCAGAGCUUAAGAAACAGAGAGAAGACAAGGAGAGGAUAUCUCGAGUCAGUACUAGAAUACGUAGUGAAUCGGAAUGGGAAGAAAUCAUUGAUGGACUUCAAGAACAGGAGAUGGAAGAAAAGAAAAUGAGAAGUUAUGCUGUGAUUCCACCUAUCAUAUUAGACAGCCGGCAACGGAGGCUGUGGUAUGUAAAUAAUAAUGGCCUUGUGGAAGACCUUUGCCAAGAAUAUAAAGAGAGACAAAUGUUAAAUAUUUGGACAGAUCAAGAAAAAGAAAUUUUCAGGGAAAAGUAUCUACAACACCCUAAAAAUUUUGCACUGAUUGCUUCUUGCUUAGAGAGAAAGACUGUAGCUGACUGUGUUCAAUAUUAUUAUUUAUCAAAGAAGGGUGAGAAUUUUAAGCAACUUUUAAGGAAGCACAGUGUUAGAAAAAGGACGAGGGCCUUAGGAAAACCUCAACAAAACCAACAACAACAAAUUGCACAAACUUCUGGUGUAACAACAAGGCAACAAGAAGAUGCAAAAGCUUCUAUAGUGUCAAGUUGUAGUACAUCUACAUCAUCAAAUUUUGAGACUACUACUCAAGCACCUACUGAUUGUAUUGCAUCUUCAAGUGCUUCUACUGUAACUACUUCUAGUUCUUCUAUUACGAACUGUUCCACAGCUCCAAUAAGCAGUACUAUAACUGCUGUUGGUGCAGAUAGUUCUGCUACAUCUGGCAUGGAAACUCCUGGUCCAAGUGGGAGUUCAAAUAACAAACCAGACUCAGGAAAAAUUCCUCUACCCAAUAAUAUAAGGAAAAAGAAAGAAGCAGUACUGAAAGGAAUGGAAAACAAGGAAGACGCAAGGAGCGAUAGCGAUACUGCAAGUGACCAACAAAAUGAUAAUAACCCUGCUCAACCCUGUGCUGUAUGCAAAAUGGAAUUGGACAACUAUAAUCAAUCUAGAGCUUUAACCAAAUCCAACUGCAGUACAUUUGGUAUUAAAGAAAGUGAUUUAGUGGCUGGUAUGAGAGUGUGUGCUUCUUGUCGUUUUAAAUCUGUGAGGAAGUGGUGUCCCAUCCCAACAUGCAAAACACCAAAACGUAAGGUGAAACGAUUGCGUCCAUUACCUAGUAAAUUGUCUGAAUUAUCUACUGAGGCCAAGGAAGCAAUUCUAAAUGAACUUGAAAUUCCGCCUGAUGUAGCAAAGUGUUGCUCCGCUUGUUUUAAUAGGAUUGUUCGAAAACUAGAAAAUAAUUCAGCUGGAGAUGCAGAAUCAUGUGAAACAAAAUGGACAGACUAUGAAACAGACAUGAUUAAACAGGCACUUAGUCAGCAUGGUACUGAUUGGGAGUCUGUUGCUAAUGUUGUGGGCACUAAAAGUAAAGAACAGUGUAGACAGUUUUUCUUCAGUUAUAAACAUAAAAUGGGUCUGGAUGACAUAGUUCAUGAAUUUAAGAAGUCUAAAAGAUAUAGUGAAGAUAUGCAACAAGAUGGGAAACCUCCACCAAUUGUGACAGAUGAAGAAGAGAGUGGUGAAACUACAUCUAGCUGCGAUGAAGAUGAUAGAGCAGAUAGAUGUAGUAGUGAUACAGCAAGUGCACCUAGCCCAGUUGAUAAAAUUUUAAGUGAAGACAAAUCUGAUAGUCAAAGAACUCAAGAGAAUGUUACUGAAACAAAUCAGCCUAGUAUUCUGAAUACAGAUGAAUCAAGAAGCCGUAACCUGCCACAUCUUGAUGCUAGUCCCAAAUGCCAACCAGAUUAUGAUAGUAGUGCAACAGUGAGUGCUGAUGAAGGCCAGAAUGAUGGUAGGGAUCCUUCUCCUCGUGUUGUUCACAGCAGCCACUCACUAAAAAUGAGUGGUGAAAGGAAACAUUUUCAGUCUCCUCUGCCGAUUCCCAAAGAUGAGAAUCGACCAUCUGAUUCAUCUAUUCCUCUUGUUAAGACUUUACUUCAAGACCCAAAAGUUGGUGCGACUUUGCAAGAUGAUGCUGCACCUUAUAUUCAGCCUCCUAAAGUCGUCAAGGAAGAGCCAACCUGUGUUAGAGAUUUGAUCUACCAAGCUAUUGAGAUGAGUCUUGGGAGUCAAUGGCCAUCAUCCAAAGGAGGAAGGAAUAGCAGCCCCAUUCCAACAUCUGUGCCAGUUGUGUUGAAGACAGAUUCUCCUGAUAUUACCAUAGUGGAACAAAAGAAGGAAUUAGAUGCUUCUGGUGCCCUUAUUCCACCUGCACACAGUGCGUCUCGACAUCCUUCAAGACCUAACUCUCAUCAUAUGGAAGUUAGUUCUGAUUUUGAAGUUCAGGACCUUAGUAAAAAAGUGAAAUCCAGAGAUGUUAGUCCUGUGAAAGAUUUCCUAAAAAGAGAGCGUGUUGUUACUCCUGUGAGACCUCCUUCUGCUUCCAGUAGCUCUGGCGCACAUGUUCAAUACUACAAUGGACCACCACCUCCAGCACAUAGCAACCAAUAUCGUUCUUCCCAACCUCCUCCUCCUGCAUUGUCACCUCAUUAUGUUGCUGAACCUCACCAUGAGGCCUAUUAUCCUCGAACUGGAGAUCCUAGAGGAAAGCCUUUCUUGACAUCAGAAAGACCACAUUCUCAACCUCCUCACCUUGUGGCACAAUCAUCUUCACUUCCUAACAAUUCAUCUGUGCCUCCACAUGCUAAGCCUGUACCAAUAAAAGCUACUGUCCCCCCACCACCCCCACUUGUUGCAUCAAAACCUUCUCAGAUGUCUCCUAAAGUUCCUUUUAAAGACAGAAUUGUGUCUAUGCCUCCUAGUGGAUCAAUUACUCAAGGAACUCCAGUGAAUCAACAAUCUAUUCCUGUACCCCCAACAAACUUAUCAUCUUCACGGUAUGAAGGGCUUAUUAGAAACUUGCCACCACCACAAACUAAAGAAGGUGGGUCAAUAACACUAGGCACACCAGUUCAGCAUGAAUUAAAGCGUAUUCCCAGCAGCAGAGCAGAAUCUUUCCCUCCAAAUUUGCCUGAAAAUGUUGUUCGUCAGGCUGUACCUGCAAUGUAUGAUCCAAGUGUGAUGGAAUAUUAUCGACAGGUUGCACCUGGUGGACAGCAGUAUGCAUUUGCUCCUGGUUAUCCACCUUACCCAGGCAAUAUGGCUCCUCAACGUCCACCUUAUCCUAAUGAAUCCCAACUUAGCACAAAACAAAUUAUGAUUGAUUUUAAUACAUCUAAGCAGAUGCAAAUGCGCAGAGGUGGAGGUGGUCCUCCUGAAAAGGAAUUAAAAGUUUCUCCUAGAGGUUCUGAUUCUAACCCUGCACAAAUAGUACCUCAAGAAAACCAUCUUCAUCCUAUGUAUCCUCCUGCAAACUAUCAGGGUAGUAGUGGUCCACAUUAUAAUCAUGUACCCUCUGGCUACCAAACUGCAGAUUCUCGUUAUAUGCAUCAUCGAUCUCAAAAUGCUCAAAUAGAUAGGACUCGUAGCCCUUCAGGUGUUGAGUCUCCAUUAAGUGCAGGUUAUCCGCAUCCUGGAAAGCGCAGUCCAAGUUUAGCUUUGACAUCAGGAAGACAAAAUGUUAUUCAAAAUGUUCAUAGGAGUAUAACUUGGGGUACAGUUAAACCAUCUGUGAUACAAGCUCCUCAGUCUGCCUCUUCUCGUACUCCUGAUAUGCGUACUGAAACUGUCAGUCCUGCUACUGUUAGAAAAUCUACUCCUUCACCACGCCAUCCACAACCAAUAUUAUAUCCAUCUGUUCCUCCUUCAGGGCAUGAUGCUUUUAAUACUCUGGUGAAUGCAGCUGUUGCUCAACCUAGUCUGAUUGUUCCAAAAGAUGGUAAAGGAUCUCCUACAUCUAACAUUCACUCUCGACAAGAAGUGAAAUCACCUAGAGAUAGACCAGUUGUUGAAGGCCUUGAGAAAACAUUGAUGGACAUGCACCAACGUCCUAGAUCAUAUGCAGAGUCUGGACAUAAUAUGCCAUCUCAUGAAAGAUCAAGAAGUAAUGAACCAAGCCCACCAGAACAACUUAGUGAAAGUCAUCGGUAUCAGAACUCGGUGCAUGGUUCUUAUGAUUUAUCACGAGAACAAAGAAUGUCUGAAAAACAAAUGCUCAUGAAUGACCAACCAACAACACUUCGACUGGGAAAUAUGAGGGAGCCAUUUUCUAGAGAACAGUUUGAAAGACAAAUGAGGCAAACCAAUGUGUCAGCUUCUAGAGAUCGUGCUUAUGGCAAGAAAGAAGAGGAAAGAUGUCGUUCUGGGUCUUCAGAAAGUCAGACACCAAAUUAUCCAAGCCCAUCUCCACAACAAUCUGAGUUAGAUAAUGAAGCUUCCAAGAUUUUCUCCCAGUCUUUCCAGAAAGAUGCCCCAAGAUCUAAUUCAUCUCCACGUGGUUUCACAGCAGCUAAUUUGAUUGAUGCUAUAAUCACUAGACAAAUUAAUCAAAAUCCAGAUACUCCUGCUGUGACCAAAAGCUCUAGUAUGGAUAUAUUUGGUCAAUAUCACCCAGGUUACGAAGGAAGUAAAACUCCUCCAAAAUCUAGUACAAAAAUGAACUCUAGAACUGAAGUGGUUACUAUUGAUGAUGAACCUGAAAAUGAAAAGACAUCAUCAUGGCCAGAAAGGUCGAAUUCACAUGGACGCUCUCCUCCUGUAUCAUCUAAUAACCCUAUGCCCCCUACAUCCAUGUCAUAUUCCAAUGAAAAAGUUUAUACUCUUAGUGAACAUAUUGCAGCCAUUAUUUCUAAAGACUACAAUAGCCCUUCUGAUGCUACUCAAACUCAACCUAUUUAUAGUAAUAAUAGCCAACCGUCUGCUACUACAUCUGUUUCUGCAUCUACCCGGCCAUCUUAUGUGAUUGGAGUUGCUUCCAAUUCUCAUAAUCCAAAUGGAAAACCACUGGAAGGAAUAGCUUCUGCUUUGCCAUCUGAAGCAGUUCUAGUAAAUUCAAAUACUUCUCAUGGGGUACCAGACCAUACCCCACAAAAUUGUCCAGGCAAUGGCUGCUCUUACCAUACACAUAGCUGGAAAUUAAGAAGGGCUUUGCAGCAAGAUAGAGAUAGGGAUCAUAGAUCACCUGGGUUAAAUGAAAAUGCACACAAGAGACCAUCAUCUAAUCAAAGUUCUGAUAUGCCCCAAGAAGAAAGACAAAUAAUACGAGUUGCUCAAACAUCUUCCCCAUCUGCACCUGCAUCAACUCGAACUUCACCAACUGGCCCAUAUGGAGUAGAACCUAUUUCUCCACCUAGUCAAAGCAACGAAAAUGUAGAAAGUUCUAGCAGGACUAACAGUCAACCUCCAGCAUGGACUAACAACCCAGGUAUUACAGGUCUCCUUACUACCCGUCACAUAUAUCCACAAGAAUACCCUGAAGGUAUUCCUCCUCCUUCUAUGCCCCAUUACACUGUACCAACUUCUGUAGGCUCUGGUUCUUCAAGUGGACCCAAUCGCCCUCCACAUCAACAACAAAUGGGCUUGUCGCCUUUAGAUUAUGUUAAGAACCGAAUUGUUGAAGUAAUGAGGACUGCUGACAAUGAGCAAGAAGUAUCUGAAUCUCGUCGACCACAAUCUGCAAUGAGCUAUUCUGAAGAAAGAGAUCAGCUUCAACACAUGUAUCGAUAUCCAUCUGGUUCAGAACGCGAUGUUCCAGCAGAAAGACCAGGCAGCACAGGUAAUGGCCCACCUGUCCUCCAAGGGCAACGUUAUAGUCCUGCUGUAACACGCUACAGUCCUAUUCCUCCAAGGCCUUCUAGUGCUGCAGAACGAGUACCCAGCAGAAACUCUACUCCUGGGGAGGUACCUCGAUCUCAUAAGCGUGGAUCUGAAGGCCACCUUGUGUCUGGAGAUUGGAGAGAUAGUCCUAACGUUUCCUCUAGGGCUAGUUCUCGUUCUGUAUCACCUAAUAACAUAGAUCAUCCAGACAAUUCUUCACGCAAAAAGACUCGCUCUGAAGGUACUUUCAUUCCAGAGAGCACUACAGAUCGCGCUCCAGUUUUGUUACCUCAAAAUUCCAUUGGCAUACAACGCUCAGGUUCUCUGUCGGAAGCACCCAGACUUAGUUCAAAUAAUCCCAGCCCUCAAGUUCUGGACAGUCAGAGUGCUUCCAAAGGCAUAGUAUCACCACGAAUGGAUUCUUACCCUUCACAGACUGAUGGUGAGUGCUACAAGUUUCGAAUAAAUGAUAACAGACCUGAUGGCCAAUGGAGCUUGAUGAACAACCAUAACCGAACUUCAGAAAAUGAGCCGCUGGCACGGCUCAGUGAACCUAUGAACAUUGGUGCUGCUUCAUCAACUACUGUUGAACCUUUCUCUCCAUCGAACAGGACAGAAAUGCCAUUAAAGUUGGAACGUAAUGAGACAGGUACAAGACAAAGUCCAGUGACUGGCUCUGGCAGUGGGUCGCAAGAGCCCAGUAGAAACAGCCCCAGUGCAUCAUCUCAGGGUCAGAGGAGUGCUACCUCGACUCCUAUAGGUAUGAAUGUUUCAUCAAGCUCAGGUCUUUAUUCUCCAUUUGGAACUCCAAAUGGUAGUGUUAGCAGCAGUACCAAUGCAAUGUUCUCAUCUGCCACAACACUACCUCCACCGGCUAGCCCGCAUGUGGCUUAUUCUUCUUUCUCAGGCAUGGGCAAUACAUAUGCUUAUCCCUUCUCAGCAUUAUCAAUGAGGUCACUAAAUGUCUCGACAACUCAUAGUUCCACUCCUUUAACCAACAACUCAUCUUCGGUUUCUAGUACUCAUAUUUCAAGCAUGCCGGUAAAUACUUCAUCGAGGAACUCACCAUCUCCGUUACAUAGGAACAGCAACCAGCCUCCUCCUCUGCUGUCUUCGCAAUAUGAACCUUUAUCUGAUGAAGACUGAAGGCAGUUGUAUGGACAACUCUUUUACUUCUAUCUGAACGGAGCGCCUGCUUAUUUUGCCCUUUUGCAUUCCAUGAAAAAACUAAACUACUCUCAAUGUGGUAUGUGAACCUGGCUGCAACAGUCAUUAGAGUUCUUUCUCAACUCUUAAUGUAAUUAAAAGGACAAUUGCAGUUGCAAGCUCUGGUUAUUGCUCAUGACUACCACUUGUAAUUUUGUUUCUUACUGUGAUCACUAUGUGGCAAGAAAUCUGGUUCCAAAAUUUGUGAUGUGGAAGUCUUUGUUUAUUAAUUAACACUGCCACAAUGGUUUCUUGGGGGCGGAUGUGUAUGCCAGUGUAUUUCCCCCCUUCUGAAAUUUAGUAAUUGUACUGUACACUGUCUCACAUUUAAGUGUAGACAUAACAUUAUUCAUCAAAAAUUUUGAUUGUAUAGUUUUUUUUUUCACUCUUUAAAUGUAUAUUUGAAUGAUUUUUGUACAUUUUUUUAGUGUCAUGAUGAAAGAUGCUAUAAUUAGUCAAAAUCAUUAAAUGUGGAAAAUGUAAAUUGAUACAAUCCUUUUUUUUAAAAAAAAAAAAUUCAAUUCCUGAGGCUUUUAGCUUUUUUCUAGUCGUGAGGAUUUGUAUUAGUUACUGCUUAGAAAGCUUUCGGUUUCCGUAACUUGAAGUCUCUACAGUGGGAAAACGCAAUCCGCCCCUAAUUCUUCAGCUCAAUAUGAAGUGGGGCAUCUCAUUUUUUAAACUCAAUAGCCAUUGUUCAGUGCCUUGGUCUGCUGCAGGGUACGAGGUAUCAUCCUAACAGACUUUGUAGUCCUCACUUUUUUUUUUUUCUGUUUGAAAACUGUGUGCGCAGUAUUUUCAGGCCAGCUUGGAUGUCCAUCUUAUGAGCAUCUAGCAGGUAAUAUGCUGGCAUGUCCAAAAAGUACCCUUAUGCCCAGUUAUCUUUCCGGUCUGAAAUAAUGGUAUGGAUAUUGUGGCACACCAGUACUAUAAUUUAGAUGUGUAUUUUAUAAUCAAUGACAAAUUGAUCUUGGUGAAAUCCAACUUGGUAUUAUGCUAAUUGAAUUAAUGAAAUUUUAAAAGUUUUCAUCUGUAUGUAAUAAUUUUUUGCAGCGUUGAAUUGUUCCCGGUGCUAAUUAUUUUCUUAUCCUGAUUCACACAUGAUUUUUUUAGUAUGUGUGUUGUUAUAACUAACAUAUUUUCCAUUUGACAAUACUAGUAUCAUUCAUCUAAGCAUAAAAAUAGAAUGCAAAAUAAAUGCUGCAGUUCAUCUUCAUUAUCAUAUUGUAAAUAAAGCCUUGUAUAUAUUUUUUUAUUCUUCAAAAAAAUUGAUGUGCAAUAUCCACUUUGGAGAAUUUUUUAUGUAAAUCGCACGAUAAUCCAUUUUUACUGACAUUCCGUAUUGUUUAGUGAGUGUCUUGAAGUCCAUUGACAAUUUUUUAAUUAUUUGUGAAAUGAUUUAUAUAAAAGCCAUUAACUUUUAAUAUUGGCUAAAUAUGUAAUUUUUAGUUUUAAAAUUUAGGCAUUAUCAGGAUAUAUAAAUUUUUGAAAAUAUAUAUGUAUUUUCUAAAUGGCCUUGUUCAUCUCUUUAGUUGGAUUUUUAUGAAUUAUUACUAUAAUUUUUUUUUGAAGAAUUGAAAGAAUAUUCAAUGUAAGUAUAUUCAUUUGUAUAUUGUGCAAAGAUUAGAGAAGUACUGGUGUGUCAUGAAAACAAAAUGAGCAGAUGAUGUAAAUACUCUUUUGGUGGUGAUAAUAAACCUUGAAAUUAAACAUAUGGUGCUGGAAAGAUGACAAUGAAAAGUGAAAAGUUUUCAGAAACCUCAGAUUAUAACAUAUGCAUAUAUAAAUAUAAAUAAAUAAAAUAUAUAUAUAUAUAUAAAUAAAUGCCAUUGGUUGUCACUAAGUACUAGAACUAUGAUCACCAUUUUUAAAAUAUAUGUGAUUUAACUUUUUUUUCUGAGCAGUCAGCAUUCACAUUGAAUGUAAUAUUUACAUGAGUGUGUGGUUUAGGGGGGAAAUGACAUUGUAAAAUAUACCUUUUCUGUAAGAAAUAAAUCCAAGUUUUGGAAUGUAUAAGUUGUACAUAGUAUCGCAAUUUUCUUGAAUUGAGGGCAAUUGCAUUUUAAAAUGGAUUGCUCACUCAGUUUCAAGAAAUUCAGAGAUAAAAAAAAAUGUAUCAUAUCAGUGUUGAAUGUUUGUACCUAAGCUGGCUGUAGUAUUUCAGAGACCUGUUACUUUUGUUGGCAAAUUAAAAAAAAAAAAUCUUGUUGAUAAAAU